GGAGGUCUGGUGUGAUGAUGAUGAUGAUGGGCUAAUCCCCUCGCAUGCGUACGAGAGCUCGUGCCAAAAGGAAGGCUCAAAACCAAACCGCCAUCUGUCCGCCGGACUCAGUGUUCUGACGGGAGACGCGGCGCAGCGCUUUUUACGCGCAGCUUCACGAAGGAAUCACGGCAGAAUCCGAGCAGCUCCGCGUCGGUUUGUGAAGCUUUAAGAGCAGCUCACACCUGUCUUAACUUGUAUUCAGUUUAAAGUCGACGCGGACUUCUCCAGAGCUGUGAAGUUUGAGAAUUUCUUGUUUUUUUCUCGUGCGUAAAAGCAGCGCCGCGCGUCAGGAAGCAGCUCUCCGCACCGAAAAGUCUCCUUUUUUAUUUCUGAUCUGAUUUAACAAGAUGGAAAACUUCACCUCAGGUCCGCAGACGAACCAAACUCUGGGGAUCUGGACGGACUACAGCCUCCAGUACAAAGUGAUCAGCAGUCUGCUGCUGUUCGUGAUCUGCGCUUUGGGAAUCGUCGGUAACGUGAUGGUGAUCCUGGUGGUCCUCACCACCAAACACAUGCGGACUCCCACCAACUGCUACCUGGUGAGUCUGGCGGUGGCGGACCUGAUGGUGCUGACGGCCGCCGGGCUGCCCACCAUCACCGACAGCAUCUUCGCCUCCUGGGUGUUCGGACACUACGGCUGCCUGUGCAUCACCUACCUCCAGUACCUGGGCAUCAACGCGUCCUCCUGCUCCAUCACCGCCUUCACCAUAGAGCGCUACAUCGCCAUCUGCCACCCCAUCAAAGCCCAGUUUCUGUGCACUUUGUCCCGAGCCAAGAAGAUCAUCCUGCUGGUGUGGGCUUUCACCUCCGUCUACUGCGUCAUGUGGUUCUACCUGUCGGACAUCCAGCAGCUGGUCUACGACAACAUCACCGUGGUCACCUGCGGCUACCGGGUUCCCAGGAAGUUCUACCUGCCCGUCUACUUCUUCGACUUCGGCGUGUUCUUCGUGCUGCCGCUGCUGCUCUCCGCGGUCCUCUACGGACUCAUCGCCCGGAUCCUGUUCCUCAACCCGCUGCCCUCCGACCACAAGGACAAGAAGAAGAAGAACAACGGACACAACAACCACAUGAAGAGCAGCAGCUGCAAGAACUCCAGACACUCCAGCUCCACGGCCACGUCCCGCAGACAGGUGACGAAGAUGCUGGCAGUGGUUGUGAUCCUCUUCGCCGUGCUCUGGAUGCCGUAUCGCACUCUGGUGGUGGUCAACUCCUUCCUGGACCCGGCCUACCUGGACACCUGGUUCCUGCUCUUCUGCCGGAUCUGCAUCUACCUCAACAGCGCCAUCAACCCGGUCAUCUACAACGCCAUGUCACAGAAGUUCCGCGCCGCCUUCCGCAAGAUCUGCGGCUGCGGCGGGAAGUCUUCGGACAAGCCGGCCGCCUACAGCGUGGCGCUCACCUACAGCGCCGUCAAGGACACGUCGAUGGUGGAGAGCACCGACCACUUCACCACCGAGCUGGAGGAGCUCACCGUCACCGACGACCUGCUGUCCGACCAGAAGAUGAUGUUCUCGGAGCCCUGCACGUUCGGGAAGGUGAACUACAGCGACGCAUGAGGUUCAGACGAAUCCAAAAGGGACAAAUCUGCGGGUCAAUUGAGGACUGAACAUUUUGAAAAUGGAGUCUGUUAACUGGGAACACAGUUUCCUGCUGACCUUUCCGAAGUCAAUCUGCUGCAGAUAGAGAUGUAAACACCGAUUACAGCCGCUGAUGACAGCGUUUGAAGCCAAACAUGCUCUUCAUGGAGAACGAUCCCGGACACUGUAAAGUCAUAAACAGCAAUAGAUAAGAACGUCUUAUCGCACAGCUGGACCUGCCCACAUAAUGUUGAUGUACAAGUCAACAAAGGCUGAAUGUGAACUGAAACACCAUUUAUCUCACAUUGCUGACUCAUUUCUGAUCUUUAAAGCUGUUGCAUGGAACGCUGGCGGCUCCAAAAGGUAAAAAAUGUAUGUUUGUUUUACACCAAAGGAUACCACAGACAAGAAAAACAGCCCCACCUCCAGCUUCAGUUCAAUGCUUCAGUUCACGGUUUUUACAUGAGCGAAUCGACUGAACUGCACAUAAAACAGUUCAGGUUGGGUCAUUUUUCUCACCCAGACUUUGGAAAUCAGAAGAAAAGUGCAGCUUUAAUGACUGCUCAUCCCCCUCAUGGUUUCAGAGCUGCUGGUCCAUUAAAGGGUGACUCACACAUGAACCUUCACCGACAAAACCGGCCACGUUUUAGCUGUGAAGGCUGUGCAUGAGGAUGAACCUGGAGGUUGAGAUUCAAUCUGCAUUAGAUGUGUUGAUAUAAUGAUGAGUUUUAUCCACUUGCGGACGCUCGCUGACAAACAGGAGCAACAGAAGUACAUCAAGCAGUUUUUAACUUGAAAUCAAAAAGUGCCAUAAAGCAGUUCAUCAGCUAGUUUCUAAUAAGGCAUUAAUCAUAUGGGGGUUUAAAAGUUGUCAUCAAUGGCUGUGCAUACAGGAAGUACAUAAUAUUUUUUCAGAAUUUGCAACUUUUGUGUGACCUGACGUCCCUUUGGUUGCUGUGUUUUAAGUUAUUCCUGAUGAUUUUCAUGAAAUCAAACCCAAAGUUGAAUAAUACCUAUGGCAUGUCUAAAUCUGCGUUCUGUAAAUACCUUUCUACACCUAUCUUGGGCAGGAUUCUUAGUUUCUUCACUUAGUUUUGCUCAUUUCUCAGAUGCAAAAAGGGUCAUUAUGAUGUAUUUGAUCUCACAGAUUUUCCACAACUGAGCUGAGAUUGCCCAAAACUGUUGCUUGACCUAACAGCAAACGACACAAAACGCUUUAAAAAAGGUCCGUCUGAUGCAUUUAAUAUUUUCUGACUUCAAGAAAUUGGGAAAAACAGUAAAAUUCCACACACUCCUGUAUCUCUAAACUAUAUUUUCAACCAAAUAACAUAUUUUGGAUAUUCUAUGCGAUUUUAUUUUGAUAACUAAUGUAGUUUUUUCACUUCCCCUCACUCAUUCUUACCUGAAACUACCUCUGGUCAGCAGGAAAUAAAGCAUGCAUGUAAUCUUUCGCAACUGUUGGUAAUUUUAUCUGAAAAAUCAUCUGGGCCAAUCAGAACUUUGUAGACAGAAGGAGGAUGUAGUUUUCCACUGCUAGCAGCACAACUGAUUCAAUAAAUGAUGAUGAGAGUGGAGAUGAGACUGGCAAAACUCGGUCACUGUGCAUUAACUUGCAAAGUUAAUAACUCUCAAACUGACAAAUAUUCCCUGGCAUUCUGGGUGAAAGUCCGGUCUCUUGUUUAUAGAACAAUUUAAGCCGUAAUGUAGACUUACAUGUGGGCCAUUUUAGGGCAGAAAGGGGUUGUUUUCAUCAAGAAAACUUCUAAAUAUUUAAGUUUUCUACACAAAAAUUAGUUUUUAGGUGUCAAAUCAAUGAUUUAAGAGAGAUUUUAAAAUGAGUUAUGACCUUUGAUUUGGUGGUUUUCUAGUCUGGCAUCAUCAAACGAAUGCAAAAACACAAAUUUGUCCAGGUUCUUUUAAUUUAUUUGGAAUUUCAAGGGGUUCCAUUAAUGGGUGUGGACCAGUAAAUUAACUGUUCUGAGGAAACAUAUGGAGUCACUAUUGAUUCGUUUAGGGAAAAAACUAUGUCAACUACCCAGCAGAAAAUUAACACAAAGACCUACCAGUGAAUAGUUCCACCUCUUUCCAUCUGGAACAUUGUAUGUAAAGAUGGAUGAACCCUCAAUGUUGUCAUCACUUAGUGAAGAUCAGUAUUGAAGCUCCAACCAACUAACAACCAACUAAACUGAAUUCUCAGUUAGGUUGGGAACAUGUUGGAUUACAUUUGUAGCAUAUCAUAGAAACGCUAGUCAACGUAUAUUUGCCAUUUAUUUUAUGGCUUCGCUGUCACUCCUUUUCAGCCAACCAAUAAGAUAUUAGAUAGGAUGGUACUUAUCACCAUGGUGACUAAUAAAACGGAGAAGCUUCAAACAUGUAGUGAAAUAGUCAAAUUUUAACACAAAUCAUGACUUUUUUUCUAAGCUUCUAAUCAAUUCAGAAAAUGAAACAUAUUUCUGACACUGAAACAUGAACCCUGGUCCUCUGGGUGAAAGUUCGGUCUCUGGUUUAUACCUCCAUCCUCCUGCAUUGUAAGGAGGAUUUUGUGGUUCUUUCAAACUGGCUGCCUUCCUUUCCCAUCACACAGUCUGACAGGUGACAAAUACAAUUUAGUUAAAAGUGCAAUUACAUUCCCCUCAACACAUAAUUGAGAAAAGCUGUUAAGCUGUAAAGGAAUGAACUUCUGUGGAGAUUCAGAGUUCCAGCUGUAAGUGGGUGUCCUUAAUUUGACAUUACUUUAGCUAUACAGACCAAAACUGUUCAACAUAUCAGGCUGUUCAUACGUUUAUUUCUGCUGUAAAGGUGGACAUUUUAACAUGGAGGUCUAUGGGGAUUGACUCACAUUUAGAGGCUGCCUCCAGUGGUCAUUGCAGGAACUGCAGGUCGGCUUCAUUUCUAAACCCUGGAGGUUGCUGCUUGACCUGCAAAGCAUCUGGACCAAAAUGUUGUCGUUCACAACUUGACAAUCACGUCUUCUGUUGAAAGAACUAAUGCAAAAAUGUAAAUUUGUUGAGAAUUUUUUUUCAGGGCGCAGAAAUCCUUAGAGAAUGAACCUACAACUUAUUAAAGAAGAGACAACAUAAGAAGUUAAACCACUAGAGGCUGAUUUUUAAAUGACUUUCUCUAGUAAAAAAUUCAGUUUUUUAACAUUCUUAACAUGUCCAUAUAGUGUUUGUUUUUAAAUUGAAAAAAGAAGUACAAGUCAACACCAUGACUGAGUUUUACCAUCUUAAACCUAAAGUUUACCGAUUACAGCCUCAAAAACACACGUUCAGGCAUCCAGUUUUUUACACAAACCUGAAGAACCGAUCAUGUUGGAGCUUUCUGUUUCUGACAUUUAUGGCCGAGUUGCUCCAAUAUUACAAAUUUCCACUGAGUAGUUUUACAGUGCUGGGAGGGGUUAGCAUUGAAAGACUUCAUAGAUUUGCAAAUUCCCGUAGAAGCAGCAAUGUAGACUUCCAUCUGAGCCAUUUUAAGGCAGACAGGGACUGUUUUCAUGGAGAAAACUGAGUUUGAUAAACAGAAAUGAGUUUUCAUGAAUGUAAUUAAUGAUUUUAGAGGGAUUUUUAAAUGAGUCAUGACUCUUAAUUGGUUUUCUAAUCAUCCAUCAUCAAAUGAAUGCAAAAAUGUAAAUUUGAAAAGAAUCUUAAAGCUUAUUUUGGAUUUUCAAGGGGUUCUGUUAAUGGAGAUGGACCAAAAUUUCUUUGGGGAUGAAACUACAACCAGUCAAAGCAACAAAAUGUGUGACGUCGCGUUUACAAAAUACAAAAAGACUAAAACUGCAAUGGUUUGUUCUUCUUUUCAAGAGACUAUACCAUCUAUUUCUGGUACUACUGACAUAAUAGCUAAUAAACACAUCAGUUUUUGUUUUUACCCUAAUGGCGCUUCCCUAUGUGGUCAUCAAAUUGAACCCAUAUUAGAUAAACACAUUUCUACAUCCUCUAACCAAGCAACAAGUGUAAUCCACAGGUUUGGUGUGAACUUCUGAACCCUCCAUAAAAUGCCUUAUUAGACACUCUUCUAUGAUUAUUCUAUGAUUCUCUCCUACAUUAAUAAGAGCUUCUCCUUUCUGUUUGAGCUGCAGCGGUGGUUUUAAAGACUGUGUGUGUAGUAGUGUUGAAGAGGUUCAGUGUAACAUAUAGAGUCUGCUGAUGUAGUUUAGCUGCGGCAUCAGUGGUUUCCAGCCGAGGCAGAGUGGAUUUUUAGUGCUUCGGUCUGUGUGUUCUGUAGCAUGUGAACCGUGGAUUUAACAAGCUAUCGCUUUUGCUGAACGUGGCUGGUGUGAUGUUUACUGCUGCUGUUGUUUCUGCCAGAUCAGUGACUGUUUAUGAGUUUCUGAGAGCAGCCCGACACACAGGGAGGUAUAACUGGGCGGCUGAAUGUGGGAAAUAACAGCCAGUGUUUGUUUAAUUGUACCCACACUGUACAUGUCUGUGGUAUCGAUAGAGUCACGCUUCCAUGUGUGUCCCCUGUGUAUCUAAAGUGAUGUUAUUUAUGGCAACUCUACUGUUUGUCCGGUGAGAAACAGAAGUAAGUAUUUUUAUGCCACUCUUGCUUUCAUUAUUACCCAUUAAAACUUUAUGAAUAUCCUUUUGUGACGUAGCGUUUGGAAGCUGCUGCUUUGUUCCUGCUUCUUAGAUUAAUGUGAUCCUGUGAAUAUGCUCGAUGGCUAACUAGGCAUUGUUCAUUUGUACAUUUUGUCUAUAUUGAAAAUAAAGUUAUUUCUGGAAAUACA